CAAGAAGACGCGUGGCCGGUGCUAGCGAAAGAGGUUUGGUCGUACGAAAAGGAGCGUAUAGAACGAUGGCGGAACGAAAUCAAUACACUUCUCGUCUUCGCGGGCCUGUUCUCCGCCGUCCUCACUGCCUUCGUUGGAGCAUAUUAUGCUGUUCUGCUGCCACCGCCUGACUUCAACACGGUCAUCCUCGAGCGCAUUUCGGAGCAGCUCGGUAAUACGUCUAGCAACCCCGACAUCGCACCCACGAGCUCUUCGUCGCCCUUCCCCUCUGCGCCUCCUGCACCUCGAUGGAUCGCUACCCUGUGGUUCGCGUCUCUGGUCUUCAGCCUCGGCGCUGCGUCAAUCGCUCUGGCUGUCAACCAAUGGCUGAACUUUCACGCGGAGCAAUCGGGACUGCGAACCACACAGCAGAAGGUUCGGACGUGGCAGCUCCGUCGGGACGCCCUUAACAAGUGGAAGGUGGAGUUCAUCGUUGGCCUCCUCCCAUGUUUGUUGCAGGUGGCUCUCAUCUUAUUUCUCAUCGGAAUUAUGGGCUACCUAUGGGUGCUCGGACCCGACAUUGCCGUCUUGAGCACGGUCCUCGUCGGUGUCCUGCUUCUUUUUCUGGCAUCCACAUCUGUGUUACCU